AUGGCCAAGGCAGUAGAAAGUACUGGACAUCAGCAGAUUAAUUCAGAUGUUAUUACUGCUGAUGAUCAAAAAGCAACAAUAACACCAAAGUCCGGGCAGCAGCAAAAUCGUGCAAACACUCCAGUCAUUGCUUUGGAGGAUAGAUUGUUGCUGGAUGCAUUGGAAGAGACAUGUAUGAAGAUGGAGAGGAAGAUGAAAUGCUACAAAAAUGCAGGCAAGAGAGCUGGAUCCAUUAUUGAGCCUGGAAAGAGGAGACAUGCUUCUAUCUUUUCAAGAACAAUUUCUGCAUCCAAGCUUUGCAGAUGUGAUGCUAUGGGAUCACAAAUUGAUUCAGAUGCCCUUGUUUCUCUUGAACGAAAACCCACUAUUAAGCAUUCGUCCGAGAAUGGGAUCAAUAGAUUUUUGAUCGUGCAAGAGCAAACGAGGAAACUUGAGGAGGAGCUGAGAGAGACAAGAGAGCAAUUAAGUUUUGUUGAAGAAGAAAAGAGCAGAGCCAUUGAUGAACUUAGUGAGAUGAAACAUGUAGCCUAUGAGACCAAUGUGAAGGCGACCGAUGGAUUAUCGCCAAGGAAAUCAAGAGAACUUUAUGCAGAAGUUAGGACUUUGAUGGAGUUGCUUACUCACAAACAAGAAGAAUUGAAGAUAAAAGAUAAGAAUAUCAAGUCUUUGAAGUUGGAGCUCGAAAAGGCGAGGCAAUGUGAGCUCAAGUUACUAGAGAAAGAUACAAAUUUAGGGAAAGUGAAAGAAGGAUUUAGUCAUGUAAAAGCAUUCAAGAUUUGCGUAACAGAUUGGUUGUCUGAUUUUAGAAGAAGGAUUCAAGAAUUAGAAGAUGAAUUGGAGAACAGGAAGUUAUCAGAGUCCAAAAUAUUUGAUGCUUGGUUGUCAAAGACAAGACAGUUUGAACAAAUCAAGAUUGAACUCGAAGAAUCCAAGCUCGAGAUUGCUUCUCUUCAUGAAAAGAUUGAAUUUUUAGACACUACUUUCAAGGAAAAUGGAAGGUAUCUUGAUCAUUCUUGCAAUGAGGAAAUGGAAAAUAUCAAGUAUGAACUUGAAUUGGCAAAAGAGAACGAGAAGGCGGCAUCAUCAAAGGCCAAGGCUUUAAAUGAUGAGAUGAGCUUGCUGAAAAAUGAAAUGAAGUUGGCAAAUGAGGCAGAAGAAAAGAGCAGAAAGGCGUUAGAUGAUUUAGCGUUAGCAUUGAAGGAAGUUGCUUCGGAAGCAUGUGAGGCCAAAGAGAAACUUAGUGCUACACAAUUAGAACUCGGACAAGUGAAAAAGGAGGCUGGAAAUCUGAAGGAGAUGAUCAAGAGCAUUAAGGCUAGAUAUAAAAAGCUUAUGGAUGAAGCAAAAGAGGAGACGGAACUAUAUAGAAAUAUAGCGGACAGAUUGAAGUUAGAGGUGGAGGAGUCACUAGUGGCUUGGAAUGGGAAAGAAAUGAGCUUCAUCGCGUGUAUAAGAGAAGCUGAAGAAGAACGGGAUGUUGCUCUCCAAGAGGCCGCUAAGCUCAACGAGUCUCUUAAAGCAGCCGAGCAAAUGACUAAAGCAGAAAGGGAAGAAAACUGUAAAUUGAGAGACAUAUGA